AUGUCUUCAAGACCAGAUGAUCAUAGACGAAAAUGGGAUAAAGAGGAGUAUGAAAAAAUAGCAGAAGAAAGAAUCAAAGAAGAAAAACUUGAAAAGGAGGAAUCUGACCUAAAGAAAAAAGGACCUCCAAUCAAAAGGGAACUUCUGAAAACCCGUGAUUACAAAGUUGAUCUUGAUUCCAAACUCGGAAAGAGUAUUGUCAUAAAUCUUAACACACCUACGUCACAGUCUGGUGGAUACUACUGCAAUGUCUGUGAUUGUGUUGUUAAAGAUUCCAUAAACUUCUUAGACCAUAUCAAUGGUAAAAAACAUCAACGCAAUUUAGGUAUGUCAAUGAAGGUUGAGAGGAGCUCACUGGAUUCAGUUAAGCAAAGGUUUGAGCUGAACAAGAAGAAAAUGGAAGAGAAAAAGAAAGAUUAUGAUAUGGCAGCUCGCAUACAAGAAUUAGCAGAAGAGGAAGAGAAACUCAAAGAAUAUCGAAAAGAAAAGAAGAAGGAAAAAAGGAAAGCUGAAGAAAUGAAUGAUGAUCAAGAUCCUCCAAAUGAAUUAGCUAGUAUAAUGGGAUUCUCUGGAUUUGGGUCAUCAAAGAAGAGAUAA